CACUGGAGAAGCCGGGGCUGCAGUGGUAAUACUCCUCAUUUGUUUGUGUCACACGGAGGAUUUAUUUGCAAGAGGAGUCCAGCUCCAAAGAGAAAAUGAACAGCCAAUAUAUGAGGCACGAGGUGCGGGGAUGUGAGACCAGUGACCUGAGGAACUUCUGGGAAAAGACCAUCGAGCAACAAACUCGGUACCUGCAAAACGAGAAGGAACGUCAGCGAAGAAGUGCUCUGACAAAGCUCAGAAAUGAAUGGAUGGAGAGACUGGAAAAACGGAUAAAGAUGUUGAGGACCCAACCUGAAGACCCAUCUAGCUGAAGAUCCCACACCCAUUACAUGCUGCAGGGAGGGGGGGGGAAGAAAAUUAUUUUGUAGGAAAGUGUGAUGGUGUGAUGCAAAAGCUGAAGUCAAUUUUACUUUGUGGCUUAAAUGAGCUAUAAUUAAUUAACUGUCAUUGUUAGAAGUUUCAUAUGUGAAAUCUCAAUUGCUGCUUUUAAGAUUAUGCAUCCAUCCCAUUGUUUGAUAAAUGGAAAAGGUAGUACUCUGAAGUAUUUAACACUAAUAAAUCAUGCUUCACUGAGUUGUAGAUGGCUAGAAAAA